AUGGUUUUACGUCAUGCAUCAGCAAGAUUUCAUCUUGCUUAUGAAAUACCAAUAGAAGAAGACGAAUCAUUUGGUAUAUUUGCGCAAUUUGUUAAUAUAACUGUUGAUCAACUUGAUGAAAAUUCAUAUCGAUCUGAUAUAUUG